AUGUAUAUAACUCCUUUUCCUGCUCCAUCACUUACUAAACUUCUCCUUCAAUGGAUUGCUUUCCUAUCAUAUCUUAGAAUUCCAAUAAAAGCAAUGGAAUUCAAUUCCAUUCAUCAUCUAUUUCCCAAAUCAUCAUCUCCUUGCUCACAUCCUCUUUUCUCCAUCAUUGUAACUCUUUACACCUUAAUUCUUCUUUACAUUCCAUCUUUCUUCAUAUCAAUAGCUUUAUCUCCUGUUCUUAAUUCCACGGGAAUCAUACUCAUUUCUCUUCUCAGAUUAGGCGUGAACAACUUACAAAAAGAAUCAAGAGUUUUAGAUUCCAGUGACAAUGAAAGGUUGGCAAAGGAAUCCAACUCUUUGGAAUCAAGAGUUCUUGAUUGCAACGACAACCAAUCCAACCUUCUUUCGUAUUCAAAAUUUUCUCCAAAAUCCAAAUCUUUGGAAUCAAGACUUAUCGACUUCCUAGCCCAAAACCAAACCCAUGCAGAAUUUGAGCCUAAAUCUGUUUUAGACUUGGAAUGUAAUGAAACACAUGUGGGGUUUGAGCAUGACAUGGUAUUGGAAUCCAAUUCCAUUGAAAUUGAAUCAUCACAAGUGAUUAAAGAAGGUCCCAUAUACGAGCCUAAAUCUUGUUUAGGCUUGGAGUGCAAUGAAACUCAUGUGAAGUACGAGCAUGUUAUGGGAUCGGAGUCCAAUUCCAUGGAAUCAACACAAGCGAUUGUAGAAGGAGGGUCAACAUACGAGCCUAAAUCUGGUUUGGACUUGAAAUGCAAUGAAACCCAUGUGGAGUUUGAGCACGACAUGGUAUUGGAAUCCAAUUCCAUUGAAUCAUCACAUGUGAUUGAAGGAGGGCCCACAUACGAGCCUAAAUCUAGUUUAGACUUGGAAUGCAAUAAAACCCAUGUGAAGUACGAGCAUGACAUGGGAUUGGAAUUCACUUCCACGGAAUCACCACAAGCGGUUCAAGGAGGGCCAAAAGUAAUGGAAACGGGUCCCAAAGAAGUGGAUACAACAAUGGCGUUUCUUGAAUGGAACAUGAGAGCACCAUUGGAGAUCAUAUAUGAAGCAUACGAAGGAGAAGAAGAAGAUGAUGAAGAUAGUAAUGAAAAUCAUGAGGUUUCCAAUGAUAAACAUGAUGUGGGUUGCGAAAGAUAUCCAUCUUUAUUGAUGUAUUAUCCGGAUAGUGAGACAGAUAGCUCCUCGGAUGGCGAUUUCCCCAUGAAUGAAAAGUGGGAAACACAUGAAAGUGUGUUCUUCAAAUGGGAAGAUGAAGAGGAAGAGCGGGAAGAACUUAUUGAGAUCUCAUUAGAUCAUUAUGGGAAGAGAAGUAUCGAAUGUUGUCAUGUUGAGGAAGAUAAUUUGAUUGAAAUUGACCUUUUUGGAACCAGAAGUUGA